AUGGAUCCACAAAAUCCAGAUGACCAGUAUCGUCUAACACUCCUGGCAAUUAUCGAGGCCAUCCUCCGCCUUGAAAAGUUAGACCACCGCCUUGACAAGUUAGAGCGCCGCCUUGACGCGUCAGACCAUAGUGUGCGUGACGCAAUGCAGGAGAUCCGCAGCAUCAAGAAUCUUGCUGGCUACCACCGGUUAGGUCUCAUAAUGGAGCAUUCGGGUGGACGUGAUGGCACCGUUGACUCUAAAGCUGGAGUCAAUGACCUCAAUGCCACAUCGCUUGGGUCUUGGCAUGAUAGCCAAAUUGCAGCAUCCCAUGGAACAUCGUCCGGGGUCAUCGAAUCGCUGUCAGGGGGUACAACAGGCUUAUUGUCUUACGGCGCUCGCAGUUCUCCUAUCACAUUUAAGCAUGUGGGUGGACGUGAUGGCAUCGUUGGCUCCCAAGCUCAACUGAAUAGCCUCAAUGCUAUUCCACUAUUUAUACCCUCGCACGGCCCCUACCUCGUGCCACAGCCUGCACCCCAUGAAGUAUCGUACGGGGUCACUGGAUCGGUGUCAGAGGAUACAGAGGGCUUAUUGCUCAACGGCACCCUUGGGUUUGCCAACAAUGUAACCCAUCUGGGCUUGCCGGUAUCCUAUGACAUGGAUGGCAUCGUCGAUUCCCAAGCUGGAAUCAAUAGCCUCGAUGCUGUUCUACCAUCUAUAUCCUCGCACGACCCCUACUUCGUGCCACAGCCUGCACCCCAUGAAGUUGGUUCUGUUGUGCAAAUUAGCCAAACAAAGGUCAAAGUAAACCGCCCCAAAGUAAAAUGCCCCAGGGACAAGUGUCCGAAAUUCAUAAGCGAGGAUGGCCUCACUCGUCACAUUAACGAGGUGCAUGAGAAGAAGGUUGUGACUGUCUGUCCAGGAUGCAAAAAGGCUUUCACGCGCAUGAAUGUGAUGACGCACCAUGUGUGUCCUUUUGGAGGAUCCUAG